AUGACGUUGGUUAAAGAAUUAGCAUUUUACAAACAUCCAGCACUGGCUGCAUUUGGUUGUGCCAGAAUCACUGGUUUAGUGUGGGAUUCAGGAUAUGAUCAAACGACUAUUUCUGCUGUUAAUAAGGGUUAUACAGUACCUAAUUUAGUUGAGCCUUUAAUUGUUGGUGGAAAUUUAUCUUCAAAGUUUGUAAAUACAGCUUCAAUUGAUGGUAUUGAGUCCAUGGUUUCUAUGAUUUAUAUUAUGUUCAUCAUUUUUUGGAUUAUAUCUUAUUUUUGUUUUAAUCGGGUUGUACAUGCCAACUUAAACGAUUGCAAAAAUUAUGUUUCAGUAAAUGAAAAAUUCACAAAUGAAGACUGUGUAAAAAUCUGUCAGAGUAAAAAUGAGACUUCUCUGGGUCAAAACUGUAGAUACGAAACUACGGUAAUGAGACCUGGUUUCACGGCAUCUAAUUCAUGUUAUUCUCGAUGGAUUGCAGGGUAUUCUUAUUAUGAUUAUUUGAGUGGUGCUGUUUUGCGGGUUAAAGAUAUCAAGGAAUGUCAAUUGCUUUGCCAGAUGGCAGAAGACUGUGUCUAUUUCAAUUAUUCUCAAACUCAUGUAUUCUCUUCUGAGUUACCAGGAGCUCGUUCAAAUUGUUUACUUAAAACAAAGAAUGAUAUAGAGAAUGCAAUUCGUAUACAACUGCCCGGAAAUCAACCUAUGUUUGGAGCUAAUGGCAAUGAACUAAAAUAUUGCAACUUUGGUAUGAAUCACAUGUGUAACGGAGGUGGAUAUAAUUGUUUGAGAUGUGAAGGAAGCUUUCGCUGUGCAUUUAUGGCGUGGGAUAUGUAUGCUGGUCCCAAAUUUUGCCCUCAAAGAGGUCCAAUCAGACUAUGUGAUUAUGUUCUCUCUCCGACAACUACAACCACAACAACCACCACCCCGACAACUACAACCACAACAACCACCACCCCGACAACUACAACCACAACAACCACCACCCCGACAACUACAACCACAACAACCACCACCCCGACAACUACAACCACAACCACCACCACCCCGACAACGACUACAACAACAACCACCCCGACAACGACUACAACAACAACCACCCCGACAACGACUACAACAACAACCACCCCGACAACGACAACGACUACAACAACAACCACCCCGACAACGACUACAACAACAACCACCCCAACAACGACUACAACAACAACCACCCCGACAACGACUACAACCACAACAACAACCACGCCAGCGACUACAACCACAACAACAACCACGCCAACGACUACAACCACAACAACAACCACGCCAACGACUACAACCACAACAACAACCACGCCAACGACUACAACCACAACAACAACCACGCCAACGACUACAACCACAACAACAACCACGCCAACGACUACAACCACAACAACAACCACGCCAACGACUACAACCACAACAACAACCACGCCAACGACUACAACCACAACCACCACCCCGACAACGACUACAACCACAACCACCACCCCGAAAACGACUACAACCACAACCACCACCCCGAAAACGACUACAACCACAACCACCACCCCGACAACGACUACAACCACAACCACCACCCCGACAACGACUACAACCACAACCACCACCCCGACAACGACUACAACCACAACCACCACCCCGACAACGACUACAACCACAACCACCACCCCGACAACGACUACAACCACAACCACCACCCCGACAACGACUACAACCACAACCACCACCCCGACAACGACUACAACCACAACCACCACCCCGACAACGACUACAACCACAACCACCACCCCAACAACGACUUCAACGACAACAACCACCCUAACAACGACUACAACGACAACCACCACCCCAACAACGACUACAACGACAACCACCACCCUUAAGACUACAACGACAACCACCACCCCAACAACGACUACAACGACAACCACCACCCCAACAACGACUACAACGACAACCACCACCCUUAAGACUACGACGACAACCACCACCCCGACAACGACUACGACGACAACCACCACCCCGACAACGACUACGACGACAACCACCACCCCGACAAAGACUACGACGACAACCACCACCCCGACAACGACUACAACGACAACCACCACCCCGACAACGACUACAACGACAACCACCACUCCAAAGACUACAACAAAACCUAUUCCAGUUACAACUUCAACACCAAAACCGGUUCCAAUAGAACCUACACCAAAUACGCCUGAUGAACCAUUUCCAGAUACUCCUGAAGAACCACCAUCUCCUGAUAUCCCUGAUGAGCCUGUAAACCCAAAUGAAGAUAACGAAGAAGAAAAAGGGCCAGAUAUUGUAAUUCCUAUUGUAUCUGCAACAGGAGGAGCAGCAGCAUUAGCUCUAGCUGGAUACGCUGCAUAUUCAUUUACAAAUCCUAGUGUAACUGCUAUAGAAGGAGAUUUUGCUGACAACGAUUUAAAUGAAGCCCCUGAAAAUUAUGUUGAGCAAACUGCUAAUAUUGACGCAGAGGCAUUCCAUUGAUUUAAUAAAAAAAAAUUUUUACAAGUG